AUGGAAGAGGUCUCCGAGGAAGCCGCGAAGCCUGAAAAAGAGACCUACGAGGUCUCCAGGGACGUCGCUGGCACUCUCAGAAAGACAGAUCCUGAAACUGGUGAUGUGGAACUGUAUACCAGUAUCGAUGGGAUCCUCCAGGCAGUUCCCAAAAUGAAUUGGGACGUGGCCGCCACCUGGAGCAGAUUGCCCAUCAUGAAGGUGCAUCUCUUCAUCGACCGAGCCAGCUAUGAGCGCGGUGGAAUGGAGAGAUCCUAUGCCAGCAAGGUCUUCCCCGAGGGUCUGGACCUCAUCGCGGCCAUCGCCUGGUGGCGCAAACGGAUCCCAGUCGCAGCACCUGGAACGGCCAAAGCGGCGCAGCGGGCGGUGGCCUUUGGGGUCUUCGAGGGGAGCUUCAAUGCGCAGGUGUCUGCCACUGAUCCACCAAUCCUAAUGCUGGAUGCUUCAGGCGAAGUCCAAGCUGAUGACGUCGAGGUGAUCCAGAGGAAGCAUCAAAGCUAUGUGAAACGAAGAGAGCUGGAGAAGAGGUGGGCCAGCAAAGGUGCAUCAGAAGAGAUCUUGCGGAAGAUCAAAGAGGCAGAUCUCCGCAGCAUGAGUCGUAAGGCUAAAGGUGACGAGUACCUUUACAAGACUGGCUGGGUGCCCAAGCCUGUGAUGCCUGGGGCCAAAUCGCCACGACGUGGUGGGGUUGAUGUGGGGCAACAGCCCAGCUGGCAAAUGCUUGUAGCUCUUUGCCUGGUCAACGUAGUGGAAGGCAUUGACGUACAGCUGGUUCCAGGCUGCCAAUUUGCUUUCCAGAAAGGUGGCAUAAUGAAGUUGACAGAUGUUGCCAUUCUAAUCAUGGUCCAGGUGAUCUUUCUAAACAUGGCUGCGCCCCUUUGGGGCAUCAUUGCAGACCGGGGUUGCAUCAAGAGGAAGCACAUUCUGAUGAUUGGAGCCCUAGGAGAAGCUACAGUGGCUAUACUGAUGGCCUUUGUGCCUGGCUUUCCGUUGAUGCUUGUCCUUCGAGGGAUGAGUGGUUUCUUCAUCGCCUGCCUGCGCCCCAUCGCCAGUGGAAUCGUUGCAGAUUGCACUUCUGAGGAUCGUCGUGGGAAAGUGUUCUCCUACGUGCAAAGUGCAUUCUUGGUGGGCGUGUUUGUCACCACCUUGGUAGCUGGCAAUUUAGCCAACCUUCAAGUGGGUCCAAUCCCUGGAUGGAGGGCACUCUGGGCUCUGAGCGGUGUUGUUGUAGCUCUCAUUUCAGUGGUGAUAGGAAUCUUGAUGGUAGAGCCGUCAAGGCAGGUUGACGACUCUGACGGGAAAAAGUGCUGCAGUACAGUGGUGGAAGAGAUCUUCAUCAUGGUUCAGUUCCUGACCAUUCCUACCUUUAGCAUCAUCGUGCUGCAAGGAAUCUUUCAAGAACUCCCCUGGACUGUGAUUGGGCACAGUUUGCUUUUUUUCAAGCUUUCGGGCCUUGAAGAUUGGGAAGGAUCGGUGCUAGCAUCAGAAUGCCCUGUGGUGGCUGUUUUCGGAAGCAUCCUUGGUGGUAGCAUCGCUGACUUCCUGGCCCAACGCUUUGGAUACCAGGGCCGUCCCUUGAGUGCACAGAUCAGUGUGGCACUUGCCAUCCCUCUGAUCUAUUUGUGGUUCGCUGGCAUCCCUCCAGGCUCCCAAGCGGCCGUCUUCGGUGUAGUCUACUUCAUGGUCAUUGCAUGUUUCGGCCUGGUUGGAACUUGGGCCCAUGCAGGAACCAGUCUCCCAAUCUUGUCCGACAUCGUGCCAUCCAAGAAUCGCAGCAAAGUCAUGGCGGCGGAGAGCGCGCUCGAGUCGUCCAUUGCCACGCUUGUUGGGCCCCUUUUUGUGGCAAACUUAGCGAAUGCCUUCGGCUACGACUUCAGUCGGCUGAAGGCCGAGAGUAAAGAUAUUGCCUCUGCCACAGCUCUGGGCCAGGCAAUGGCCGCAACGAUCUGCAUGUCUUGGUGCGUGACGUUCUUUGGAUACAUCUUCCUUCAUAUAAGUUACCCUUCACAUAUGCGAAAGCUCAACGCCCAGAUGAAGGCUGAGAAAGCAGAGGCUGAAGCAGCAGAAGAAGCUAUCUAA